AUGGACGCGGGUCUGCUGUUUCAUCACUUCACCAAGCCGAUGGAAUGGCUAAUCCCUCUCCGCGAUCCCGUACCUCAGCCUGGAGAAUGGCGAGACGAUUUGGUGGACGAGAGCAACGUGCGCGAGUUUGUUUCGUGGGAGAUCCGUGCCGCCCCGAUGGACCCUCUUACGUUCAAUGGUCGGGGUUGGUUCCGGGACAUGAUGCGACUUUACGCUCUUACGAGGAUGAGCAACUUCGGGCUUAUUGGGACUCUACCCACGCCUUUCCGAGGAGGGGGCCGGUGGAAACCGUUCCUUCAACAGGUGCUGAUCGGCUUGCUCCUGGGUUACUGCGACCUCGACUUGUUGCUGGAUCCCUUUUUUCUGCAUUUCCCUCGACCUGGCGAAGCAGGUGCCUGGUACCCUGGGAUCGAGGACAGAUCCGACCCCGCAGAUCUACUGGAGACGUUGGCCAUUACCGAUGCGGCCGAUCGCUGGCGCAACCACUAUCGCGACGGGCCAAAGGACCAUCCAGCGCUUGGGAUCGCUCGUUUGUCUGGGAAGUUUGUGUCCUCCUCUUCCUGCCGUUAA